AUGUCUGCCAAGCCCUCUACAGACCUGCUAGCCGCGGUCUCAGAGCUGCAUCAAUUUAUUUCAACAAUCCCCUCAUGGAAGAACACACCCGACGAACAGAAAAAGAAAGAAGAACUUCUAAACCUCACGAUCAAGGCUUAUAGGAAAGUGAAGGCCGAAGGGUUCCGCGAAGAGAAACAUCUCGGUCAUUCACUGAUCAAUUGGAUCAACAGCUGGUCCCGUCCGUACGCCUCAACACCUCACAAUAUUCCACUCUCCAUCUUUUCGGACAAUGACUUCUCCAAACCCCCACCCCUGCUCAAGAAAUACAGUACCACGACGGCGAAACCCAAAGGAUCCUCCUCCAAGCGACGCAAGCGCUCUCCCUCUCCCCCUGACGAGUCCGACGACGCCGAUGAGAAAGACAAGGUAGACCGUGACCAGGACGAAGGAGAAGAAGAGGAUGACGCUGAAGAUGACGAAGAUGAAGACGAUAGUGAGGACGAGGACGAGGAUGAGGACGCGCAGGGUCGAACCCAGAAGGGUCGCAAUCAAUCGAGCAAGAAGGCUCCCCCGAAGGAUUCCAUAGUGGUGAAGAAGGAGAAGUCGGUCCCGCCUACGAAACCCCAGCCUACAAAGGUCGCACUUAACGCAAAAGCUCAAAAGCAGGUCCUCGGCCAUACUCGCGCUUUGAUGGAAGUGUUCAAGAACGAACGCAAGGAUUACCUUCAAGAGAAUUGUGACCUCAAGGAACAUCUUCACAAAUUAGAGGGCUCUUUCAACGAACACCGACUCGAGAUGAAGAACAUGCUGGCGUCAUUCAAGGACCACAGCCUAGGCCUCGCUUCCAAGGCUACACCGGACCACCGACCCACCACCAACAGUAACCCCGGCAUGUCGAACGACAAUGCCUCAACAGCUGCCCCUGAUCCUCCGGCUCUGAACCAGUCCACCACCCCUGCUGUACCUGCGAACCUAUUCGAAGAAUGGAAUUACCAUUGCGGCCAAGUCCAGCAAGGGUCAUAUCCUCCACUGCCUCAAAGUCAAGUCGCCAACAACUACAUCACCCAACUGACCCCCAUGGAAAUCAAGACCCUUAUUAAUUAUCCCGACGGUGACAAUGCAUCAUCGUCUGGCCCCGGUCAGCCCCAACAUUGA